GUCUUAAUGUUAUUCGAGUGACAACCUUAGGUAAAAUGACAGGAGGUUCAGAGGCUUGACACUAACCAUGACUAAAGGUCAUCACUAUGGUGUACCCGCCGGGGUAAAAUACUGCAUAAUGGCUGUGAGCCGGUGACUAUUCAAAAUUAUAGAGUUGCUGUUAACAAGAUAUUCAGGCAUUUUCCUCACGGGUGUACUGGCAUGUGGCUUUAUUCGAUAAAGUAGUAAUGUCACGGUAGAUAUAACAUAAGCGCAGGUUCAAGAUUGUACUGAAGUCAUGAGUUGGGAUCUUGAAAGCAAUAUAUAUGGUUGAAAUGCAUUAAAGACUUACGUGCAUUGUUGCUGUGCACUGAAUAUAUGGUUGAGCAUUGCUUCUAUAUAUUAAUAGAUAGACAGAUAUGAUCAAAUUUAUGACAGUGGAGAAUUAGCAAUGUCGAUGAAAUCUAUUCCAUUUUUCAGAUUUGUAUUUAUCAUCCUAUCUAUACUACUUUCGACCCAAUGUUCUGACACACUAUCAUCUACAUUUGAUGGCGAAGUAACAGAAACAUUCAUUGUUCAUGUUUCUAAACUAGAAAAGCCGUCCGUUUUUCCGUCUCACCAUGAUUGGUAUACCUCAACUCUUCAAUCUAUUCCUGCACAUCUUUCUCCGUCUGAUCCAAGCGAAAUUAUAAUUUACACAUACAAAAAUGCUUUUCAGGGUUUUGCUGCUAGACUCACUCCAUCUCAAGCAUCACAUCUUCGUCUUCAAUCAGGAUUCCUUGCAAUCCUCCCUCAAGAAAUUCACCAACUCCAUACUACUCUUACUCCUCAGUUUCUUGGUCUCAAUGAUAAUUCUGGUCUUUGGCCUAAUUCAGAAUAUGCUGAUGACGUCAUUAUUGGAGUUCUUGAUACCGGAAUCUGGCCGGAAAGUCAGAGUUUCAACGACACAAGUAUACAAAAUCCUGUACCGAAGAGAUGGAAAGGUAUUUGUGAGCCUGGCCGUGAUUUUCUUAGUACAUCGUGUAGCAAAAAGAUAAUCGGUGCUCGAGUUUAUUACAAGGGAAUUGAAGAAAAGCUUAGACGUAAGCUUAACGAGACCAAAGACUCGAAAUCACCAAGAGAUACAAAUGGACAUGGUACACAUACGGCAUCAACCGCAGCUGGAUCAGUCGUUAAGAAUGCCGGAUUGUUUGAAUAUGGUGUUGGAGAAGCAAAAGGAAUGGCUACCAAGGCAAGAAUUGCUUCUUACAAGAUAUGCUGGACCGAAGGCGGAUGUGCUGCUGCAGAUAUUCUUGCCGCAAUAGAUCAGGCUGUGGAAGAUGGAGUUGAUAUUAUUUCUUUGUCUGUCGGUCCCCGUAGGGCGCGUCCGUAUGACAAACAUUCAACUGCCAUUGGGGCAUUCGGUGCUAUGAUGAAAGGAGUUCUAGUUAUUGCCUCUGCAGGAAAUUCAGGGCUAUCUGGUCCUUCCACAGUUGCUAAUUCUGCGCCAUGGAUUUUUACCGUUGGAGCAUCUACCAUUGACAGAGAAUUUCCAUGUAAUGUGAUUUUAGGAGACGGGAGAAUUGUCAAUGGUGUAUCAUUAUAUUCUGGCAAGCCACUGGAGAAACCCAAUAUAGAUCUAGUUUAUGCUAGUAGUAUUGGUAGCAUAUUUUGCAAGGAAGGGGAGCUCAAUUCCACUGCGGCCGCGGGAAAGAUUGUUCUUUGCGAUGGUGGUGGUGGAAUUGGAAUAGCUGAGAAAGGAAAUGCAGUCAAAAUGGCCGGUGGUGUGGGUGUAAUUAUUGCAAAUUCAUUGGCUCACGGAGAAGAACUGUCUGCUGAUGCACAUCUGAUUCCGGGAACAACAGUGACUUUCAGGAGUGGUGUUGUGAUUCUAAGGUACAUUGUAACGCAGAAAAACCCAACAGCGACGUUGGAAUUCAAAGGAACAAUUAUUGGAUCCUCUCCUUCAGCUCCUAAAAUUGCCGCAUUUUCUAGCCGUGGCCCUAACGCUAUUACUCUCGAGAUUCUCAAACCCGACGUGAUUGCACCCGGUGUUAAUAUCUUGGCCGCAUGGACUGGUGCUGUCGGUCCGACAGAUCUUGAAGUUGAUAAAAGACGCGUGGAGUUCAACAUAAUAUCCGGUACUUCCAUGUCAUGCCCACAUGUGAGCGGACUGGCCGCGAUGCUUCGAAAGGCUUAUCCUAACUGGUCACCAGCUGCAAUUAAGUCUGCUCUUAUGACUACUAGCUAUAAUUUAGACAAUGCAGGAAAAAUAUUUACUGAUCUGUCAACAGGAAGAGAUUCAACACCGUUCCAACAUGGUGCUGGACAUGUUGACCCCAACAAAUCCUUAAACCCCGGUUUGGUAUACGACAUCCAGCCAAGUGAUUACGAGGCAUUCCUUUGCUCUAUUGGGUACAACCAGACACAAAUUUCGCUCUUUAUCCAUGAUAAGAUAGUUGACUGCAGGUCACAUACGUUAGUUACUGGUCCCGGGGAUCUGAAUUACCCGUCAUUCUCUGUUGUUUUUAAACCACCAAAUUCAGUUGUCAAGCACAAGAGAGUGGUUACAAAUGUUGGAAAACCAGGAGAUGCAACUUACAGAGUAAAGGUUAAGAGUCCAUUAUCGGCUGAAAUCAGUGUUUCCCCGAGCGUGCUAAUGUUCACCAUGAGUAACCAAAGUUUGUCUUAUGAAAUUACAUUCACAAGCUUGAGUAAUCCGGAGAAAAACUCUAACAUUACUAAAAACGAGUUUGGGUCAAUUGAAUGGACAGACAGUGUACACGUCGUGAGGAGUCCCAUUGCUUUAAUCUGGCUACCCAGCUUGUAAUAAUUCUUGUACUACUUUUUUUUUUUGAAGCAUGCU